UUGAUUGUAAGAAAGGAGUUAUUUUGAAUAUUUAGCCAAAAAUAAAAGUGGGUAAAAUACUUGGUCGCAAUACGUAGCAAACAAUCUAAUCCAAAUUCCAAUUUCCGCAGCAGUAAAUUCUACUAAGUCCACUCUCGUUUUCCGCAAUCCCGAUCGUCCAUGGACAUCUGGAACAGAGCUCGCACCUUCGCCGAGGAAGCGGCCAAGAAAUCGCAGGAGCUCAGGCAGACCAUCGCCGCCACCAACCUCUCUGACGUCGUCUCCGAGGCCUCCAAGCGCUCCAAGGAGCUCGCCGCCGAGGCUCUCAAGCGCGCUGAUCAGAUCACCGCUCAGAUUCCGCCCGCCGCCGCUGCCAUUACCAGUCUCGUCGACUCCACCGCUUCCAAGCCCGGCAUUGACGCUGCCGAUCUCGACAAGUAUGGGGUUACUGAUGAGUUGAGGGAGUUUGUCAAGGAAAUCACCAUGAAUACAUUCCAGGAUUUCCCGCUUCAAGAUGACUCAGAGGUGUCUGAUGUUCCUACGGUUUCAAAUAUCCGGCAGGAUCUCACAGAGUGGCAAGAAAAGCAUGCAAAGCUUGUUCUAUUAACUGUGAAGGAAGUUUCAAAGCUAAGGUAUCAGCUGUGCCCACGUGUGAUGAAAGAAAGGAAAUUCUGGAGAAUCUACUUCAUUCUAGUUAACAGCCAUGUUGCUCCAUAUGAACAACGCUACACGGAUGAUGUAAAGAUUAAAACUGCUGAAAAGGUGGAAGAUACUGAAGUGAAGGAAGUUUCAUCAGGUGAAACAUCUUCGAAAACCGCAGAUGAGAUUACAAAACCCAAAAGCAAUAAUACGGAGAAAAAAGCUUCUGAGCAAGAUUUAGAUGCAUUUCUUCUUGGAGAUCUUGAGGAUGGUGAUGAUGGUCCAGAUGAUGGAGACAAUGGCUUUGAGGAUGAUUUUUGACGGGAUAUAGCUUGGAAAACGAGAAAAGACAGCCAAAAGCCAAGCAGGUGAUAACGAUGGCGAUCAAUGUUGAUGUUAUGAAAAACUAGGCCUCAGGUGCUGCAAAUUAGCUAUAGAACAAUCCAAUUAGCAAUCGUAAAUUCUGUCUUCUCUUGUUAUAUCGAUAAUCUGUUUUUUCUUUCUCUCUUCGUUUUAGUCAAAGGGUGUGUGGAUGAUGGGAUUAUGUUGGAUAUAGAAGCAUUUUGCUUUCAA